AUGCUAGAAGUUCUUCCUGUCAGCUACCACGGCGUGUUCUUGUCGCUGCUGCUGUGGCCGCGGCCCCUCGCGCUGCGACUCGGAGUUGCAAUGCCCUUCAAGUGGUCGGAGGCCACCAAGGACGAGCUGUAUGAAAUUGCUGGCGCCUUUGCGAAGCUGGAAACGGACCCCAGAUCACCAGGCGCUGCUGCAGUCUACGAAGAGGUGGAAACAACCCUGGGGAACGCGAUUAAGAAAUGGGAGAGUGGAGCGAUCACCGCCCCGGCCAUACUGGAAGAAAAGGCGCGGCUGAGACUGGGCCGCGCGCGUGUCCGCAUAGCCUUGAACGAUAUGAUGGACGGCACGCUUCCAGAGAAGGUGGCUGGGGCCAUUGAAGACUACGGGGUUGGCAUUGGCAUCAUGGAGGAUGACUUGCGGCAGAACCCUGAUAAGCUGAUGUACAGUGAGUACCCGGAUGCCCUCGUCAAGAGAGGUUUGGCGCAGGAGCAGCUGAAGAAUUGGGAGGGUGCGGCGAAAGAUUACACAAGGGCCAUUGAUGCCCUGCGGCCCAAAGAUGGGAGGCCUGACAAAGCACUGAAGGGCGACGCCAUCCUUCAGGAAGGCGAUGGUCUUGGAAUGAACCCUUUGAUUCUGAAUUUCCGUGGGAAUGUUCUCAGCCAACUGGGCAGAUAUGAGGAGGCAGUGGAGGACUAUCGCGAAGCCACGCAAAUCUUCAGCAACGAUGGGGAAGCACGACUGGCUUCCUUUUCGCGAGCCAACGAGGCCCUGGCUCUCUUUGGUGCUGGCCGGGACCGGGAGGCCGAGAAGGUGAUGCAGAUCGUCGUACGGAAUGACCCGGGUGUUACAGAUGCCCAUGUUGCCCUGGCAGCCUCCUACUGGUCACAGCGGAAGAUUGCAGAAGCCGAGUCUCAGUGGAAGUUCGCAUGCGAGAACAUUGACUCGGGCUGCCAAUCAUACAAGGAUCUGAAGUGGGUGGCGGAAUCCCGCCGCUGGCCACCAUCGCUUGUGGCCUCUUUGAAAAACUUCCUCCAGGCUAAGACCAGCUGA